AUGGUCCAACAAACUCGUAAGUCUACUCGUUCUCGUACCCUGACAACCAAAGCUAAACAAUUAGAAACCACAAUCAAGAAACCAAUUCUCAGAUCAAUCACCACUAUUGAUGAUGAUGAAAGCACAUAUAACAAUGUUAGUUUCAAGAAAAGAAGAACAUCUCCAUCUCCAGUUGAAGAACAAACUGAAGAAGUUUCAUAUUUCAAUUCAUCAGAUUACAACAAUGACAUUGAUGAUGAUGAAGUUAAUGAUGUUCAAAGUGAUGUUUUUGAUCAUUCAGAUGAUGAAAACAUAUUCAAUUCAGAUGACGAUGAUUACUAUAGUGCAAUUUCAGAUUAUGAAGUGGAUUCAAAACCAAAAUUUAUCACCAAGAAUAAACCAUCAAUUACAUUAUCCAACAAUAAAAUCAUCAACAAGAAAGCUCCAUCAACUGAUAAAGAUGAACUACAUAUAAUAGAUCAUAUGAAAUUAUCACAAUCCAACUUAGAAUUUGAAGAUGCUCUCUUUGACAGUGAUGCAUCAGAUUCUUCCAGUUCCUCAUCAUCAGUCAUCACACCAACCUCAUCACAUUUCAAUUUCAUUCAUAACGUUGGUGAAUUAAAAUCAUUGGAAGAAAAUUUCCAAAAAAUCAUCAAUGAGAAUAAAAAAUUAGAAGAACAAAAACCAACAAUGAAAACACCAAUUGAAAUCAUUCAAGAAGAUGCAACACAAGAUAUCAAAACUGCUGUUAAAUUUGAUGAAUUUGUUAAUUAUACUGAAGAUUUAUCAUCAGAAGAAUCAGAUUUAGACUCAACACAUACAACACAAUCUAAAAAACCAUCAAUUUUGCAUUAUAGACAUGACGAAAAGCAUAAUUUAGCAUUUCCAGAUGUCUCAACAUUCCCAAUCAGAUAUGAUCCAAUUCUUAAGAAAAGAACUCCAAACAACAAGUUAAGAGCUUUGAAUAGAAGGGCAAUUUUGUCUGGUAAAGCUAGUGAAAUGGUUGGUACUGGUGUUGCUAUUGGUGAUUUCAACUUGUUAUAG